AUGACAAUAUGGAGCUUUUGUUUAAUCUUGUUCCUUUCUAAUUCGAUACUUGUUUUGGCUUCUCAUGUUAGACACUUGUGUCGUGCGGACCAGAAGAAUGCUCUUUUGGAGUUCAAGAACGAGUUCUAUGUCCAAGAACUCAUUUCCAAUGGGAUUGUUGGUGAUAAGAAGACAGAGAAGUGGAGGAACAACACUGACUGCUGCACUUGGGACGGUAUCUCUUGUGAUCCUAAAACGGGUAAGGUAGUAGAGUUAGACCUCAUGAACAGUUUUCUCAAUGGCCCUUUGAGAUAUGAUAGUAGCCUGUUUAGACUACAACAUCUUCACAGCCUUGAUCUUCGCUCGAAUAAUUUUUCCGGUACUCUACCAGAUUCCAUAGGCAACCUCAAACAUUUGAGGGUAUUGAGACUUGGUGAUUGCAAUCUCUUUGGAAAGAUUCCUUCUUCGCUUAGGAAUCUUACUUAUCUCGCUAAUCUAGAUCUUUCUGUUAAUGAUUUCACCGGUGAGCUACCGGAUUCAAUGGGGCAUCUAAACAAGCUAACAGAGUUGCAUCUUGGAUCAGCCAAGCUCAGUGGGAAAUUUCCUAGUGUGCUACUCAAUAUGAGCGAGCUCACCUUGAUCAACCUUGAUUCUAACCAGUUCGAAGGUAUGCUCCCAUCUAAUAUGAGUAGCCUUUCAAAACUAGUGCAAUUUGAGGUUACUGGAAAUUCAUUUUCUGGAUCUAUUCCAUCGUCUCUCUUCAUGCUUCCUUCAUUGACCACCCUUGUCUUGGGAAGAAACAACUUCAACGGUCCUCUUGACUUUGGGAAUAUGUCGUCACCAUCUAACCUCGUAGUUUUGUCUCUUCUAGAAAACAACUUCAAUGGUCCAAUCCCAAAGUCUAUAUCGAAACUAGUUGGACUCUUCUAUCUUGACCUCUCUUUAUGGAAUACAGAGAGGGGCAUGGUUGAUUUCAACAUCUUCUUGCAACUGGAGUCUCUUACGUUCCUUGACCUCUCUUAUAUUAAUACAAGAAGCACACUUGACGUAAGCAUAUUCUCACCUCUCUUGUUACUUGCUUACUUGGAUCUAUCCGGGAUUAAUUUGAAGAUCAGCUCUAGUACUGUCAGUCUUCCUUCACCAAUGGGCACCUUGAUUUUAACAUCCUGCAAUAUUUUUUCUGAAUUCCCCAAGUUUCUAGAAAACCAAACCACUUUGUACUAUUUAGACAUCUCUGCCAAUCGAAUUGAAGGCCAAGUACCAGAAUGGUUGUGGAGUCUACCAGAUUUGCGGUAUGUAAACAUCUCUCAGAAUUCGUUGAGUGGUUUUGAAGGACCAGUGGAUGUUAUUCAAAGAUGUGGAAAACUAAUCAUGCUUGAUAUAAGUUCAAAUGCAUUCCACCAUCCGUUUCCUUUGUUACCAAACUCUACAACGAUCUUUCUAGCCUCUGAUAAUCGGUUCUCGGGAGAGGUUCCUAGAGCAAUAUGCAAAUUAGUUUCUCUUGAUACACUUGUUCUAUCCAACAACAACUUCAACGGUUCUAUUCCUCGGUGUUUUGAGAAUUUUAAUACUACUCUUUCGGUCUUGCAUCUUCGGAAUAACAACUUCUCCGGUACUUUUCCAGAGGAGUCCAUCAGUGAACAUUUGAGAUCAGUUGACGUUGGUCGCAACCGGUUAUCAGGAGAGCUUCCCAAGUCUUUGAUCAACUGCACUCGUCUCGAGUUUCUUAACGUGGAAGAUAACAGAAUCAGUGACAAGUUUCCAUUUUGGUUGAGAUCGUUGCCCAGUCUACAGAUUCUUGUUCUCCGUUCUAAUGAGUUCCAUGGGCCAAUAUAUUUUCCUGGAGAGUCUUCGAGCUUCAACAAGCUGCGAAUCUUUGAUAUUUCAGAAAACCGCUUCAGUGGAGUCUUGCCAUCAGAUUACUUUGCUGGUUGGAGUGCAAUGUCAUCAGUCGUAGACAUUGUAGACGUUAUCCCGAGUAGGUAUGCGGGACGUGACGACUCUGGAAACUAUCAAAACUCUGUGACUAUGACAUUUAAAGGAUUGACGUGGAAGCUUGUUGGGAGUGUUUUCGCAAUUUACAAAACCAUGGAUGUCUCCGGAAACAAAUUCGAAGGAGGUAUUCCUGAAUCCAUCGCUUUACUUAAGGAACUGAUUGUGCUCAACAUGUCAAACAACGGUUUCACAAGUUCUAUUCCACCAGCUCUGUCAAACUUGACCGAUCUUGAAUCAUUGGAUCUAUCUAAAAACAAAUUAUCCGGAAAAAUUCCACCAGAGCUCGGGAAGCUCACGUUUCUAGCGCAGAUGAACUUCUCUUAUAACAGGCUUGAAGGUCCAAUACCACAUGGCACUCAGAUUCAAAGUCAAAAGAGCUCUUCAUUCGCAGAGAAUCUCGGGCUUUGCGAUCAGAGGAAUGCUCUUUGGGAGUUCAAGAACGAGUUCUAUGUCCAAGAGUUCAAUUCCAAUGGGAUUAUUGGCGAUAAGAAGACAGAGAAAUGGAGGAACACAACUGAUUGCUGUUCUUGGGAUGGUGUCUCUUGUGAUCCUAAGACAGGCAAGGUCGUUGAGUUAGACCUCGGGUUCAAUAAUCUCAACGGUCCUUUGAGAUUUAAUAGUAGCCUGUUUAGACUACAACAUCUUCAAAGCCUAGAUCUUAGCUUCAAUUAUCUCUCGGGUAUUCUACCAGAUUCCAUCAACAACCUGAAAUAUUUGAGGGAUUUGGAUCUUCGUGGUUGCAAGCUCUUUGGGAAGUUUCCUUCUUCACUCGGAAAUCUUUCUCAUCUCACGAAUCUUGAUCUUUCUGAUAAUGAGUUCACCGGUCAGUUGCCGGAUUCGAUGGGGUAUUUAAACAAGCUGACAGAGUUGGAUCUUCGAUCGACCAUGCUCAGUGGGAACUUCCCUCGUGUGCUACUCAACUUGAGCUCGCUCAUCUCAAUCGACCUUAGUUCUAACCAGUUAAAAGGUAUGCUCCCAUCUAACAACAUGAGUAGCCUCUCCAAACUGAAGUCUUUUAUGAUUAGUGGAAAUUCAUUUUAUGGAACCAUUCCCUCUUCUCUCUUCACGAUCCCUUCGCUGACUAGACUUGACCUAAGCAGAAACGACUUCACCGGUCCUCUUGAGAUUGGGAAUAUCUCUUCACAACCUAACCUUCGAUACUUAUACAUUGGAGAAAACAGUUUCAAUGGACCAAUCCCAAGAUCUAUAUCAAAACUAGUUGUACUCUCGGAUCUUAGCCUCUCUUUCUGGAACACAGGGAGGUCUAUUAAUGAUUUCAGCAUCUUCUUGCAUCUCAAGUCACUGACGUCACUUGAUCUUUCAGGAAUUAAUUUGAAGAUCAGUUCCACUCUCCAUUUUCCCUCACCUAUAGCAGAAUUGAUUAUAUCGUCCUGCAAUAUUUCUGAGUUUCCCAAGUUUAUACAAAACCAAACCAGUUUGCAGGUUUUAGACAUCUCUGCCAAUCAAAUUGAAGGCCAAAUACCAGAAUGGCUAUGGAGUCUUCCAGAGUUAGGGUAUGUAAACAUUGCUCAUAAUUCCUUCAGUGGAGAACUAACUAUUUUACCAAACUCUACCAUUAGUUACUUUAUAGGCUCUGAUAAUCAGUUUUCUGGAGAGAUUCCUCGAUCAAUAUGCAAAUUGGUUUCUCUUUGGACACUUGUUUUGUCCAACAACUUCAGCGGUCCUAUUCCAAGGUGUUUAGAGAAUUUUAAUUCUUCUCUUUGGAUCUUGCAUCUUCGGAAUAACAGUCUCUCUGGUGUUAUUCCAGAGGAAAUAAUCAGUGAUCGCUUGAGAUCACUUGAUGUUGGUCGCAACUGGUUAUCAGGACAACUUCCCAAGUCUCUGAUCAACUGCACUCGUCUCGAGUUUCUAAACGUGGAAGAUAACCAAAUCAAGGACAACUUUCCAUUUUGGUUGAGUUUGCUGCCCUAUCUACAGAUACUUGUCCUUCGUUCUAACGAGUUCUUUGGGCCAAUAGCUUCUCCAGGAGGUUCUAUGAGUUUCCCUAAUCUACGAAUCUUUGACAUUUCGGAAAAUCGCUUCAGUGGAGUCUUGCCAUCAGAUUACUUUGUUGGUUGGAGUGCAAUGUCAUCGGUCGUAGGCACUGUUUAUAAUAUGCAAAUGAUUUUGGCUCCAGGAAUAACCCAAGAAUUAUAUCAUAAGUCUGUGUUUGUGACGAACAAAGGAUCGAAUAUGGAGCUGGUUGGCAGUGUUUUCAAAAUUUACAAAACCAUCGAUGUCUCCGGAAACAAAUUCCAAGGAGGUAUUCCGGAAUCCAUCGCUUUACUCAAGGAACUGAUUGUACUCAACAUGUCAAACAAUGCUUUCACUGGCCAUAUUCUACCAUCCCUAUCAAACUUGAGCAAUCUCCAAUCAUUGGAUCUAUCUCAAAACAGAUUAUCCGGCGGUAUCCCAACAGAGCUUGGGAAACUCACGUUUCUGGGGUGGAUGAACUUUUCUUACAACAGGCUUGAAGGCCCAAUACCACACGCCACUCAGAUUCAAAGCCAGAAUAGCUCAUCAUUUACAGGGAAUCCCGGUCUAUGCGGUGUUCCUCUCCAAGAAAUUUGCAACCGAGAAGAAGAGACAACACAAGAGCAAGAUGAGAAGGAAGAAGAAGAUCAAGUCUUUAGCUGGAUUGCAGCUGCAAUAGGCUAUAUACCUGGUUUGUUCUGUGGACUCACCAUUGGCCACAUUCUCACUUCACAUAGACGUUACUUGUUCAUGAGGACCAUUCACUAG